AAUGCUUCAAAACUACUUUUAUCAUUAAGUUUGUUAAUAUUAAGAUUGGCUUUAUUUCACCAUUUCUGUUACUGUCUAUUUUCAGAGACCUAUUCAGAGGCCGUAAAGAUAUUAAAAGGAGAGUAUGUUGUGCGAGCUUUAGAUGAACACAAAAUGGAUAAAGCCCUAAUAUUUUGCAGAACUAAAAUUGAUUGUGACAACCUUGAAAAAUACUUACAACUAAGGGGUCAAGGAAAAUACUCCUGUGUUUGUCUUCAUGGUGACAGAAAACCACAAGAAAGAAAGGCAAACUUACAGAAGUUUAAAGAUGGAAAAGUAAAGUAUAUGAUUUGUACUGAUGUUGCUGCCCGUGGAAUUGAUGUGUCGGGGCUUCCAUUUGUGAUUAAUGUGACAUUGCCUGAUGAGAAACAGAACUAUAUUCAUCGUAUUGGAAGAGUUGGACGUGCAGAAAGAAUGGGUUUGGCAGUGUCUCUAGUGGCAACUGUAAAAGAAAAGGUUUGGUAUCACUCUAAUUGUAAUACACGUGGACGAGGAUGCUAUAACACCAAUCUUACAGAUAGAGGUGGAUGCUGUAUCUGGUAUAAUGAACCACAGUUACUGGCAGAUGUAGAAGAACAUUUAGACAUCACCAUAGACCAGGUGGAACCCGAUAUGAAAGUGCCAGUUAAUGAGUUUGAUGGUAAAGUUACUUAUGGCCAGAAAAGAAAGCUAGGAGGAAGUGGUUAUAGAGGACACGUCGAUUCGCUGGCUCCAGCAGUUAUGGAACUUGCUAAGCUUGAGAAAAAAGUCCAAACAUCAUUUAUAGAUCUUAAAUACAAGAAGAAAUUCUCUCAACGUUAAUUGGCUAAUUUAGAAAUGGAGUCUAAUUUAAUAUACGUAUUGAUAGAUAUUGUGAAAGUUUACUGAGUAAAAACUUUUAUGAUGCGUGAAUAACAACCCAUUUUGUUGUUUGUUGGUUAAUUGGCAAAUAAAGGAAAUCUCAAAAGUGCAAUAGAAUGUAAUAUUUUAGUUUGCUUGAAUUAAAAUUGAUGACAAGCCUUUGUGUAAAAUAUUUAUUUGAAGCUUUUUGAGUGGCAUCCAAAUUGUUUUGUUCAAAUUAUCGCAAAUAUAUUCAUAUAAGAUGUGUAAUAAAAGUAUGUUUAAUGUAUGUGGUAUCAUAGAAUCUAAAGACUUUUCAAUACAAUUUUGCCGUAGGUUCUUCUUUUUUUUGCAUCAAACUUCAGUUAUAUAAAUUUUGAAAAAAGUUUUUAUACUCACACCAAACAGUUUGGAGGCCCAAGGUUCACAGAUCUGUGUUGCACUUUGUCAUAAUUUGAAAAUUUACAUUUGCAUUAAUAUCUCUAAAACCAGUGUAGUGAAGAACAUAUUCUCAAUGUGAACUCUCCCACUUUUAGCGGGAGACUCCCACUUUUUGCAAUCAUAUUUUCAAAGAUUUUUCUUAAAAUAAGGGGUAUUUUUACAAAUUAAAGAUAUCUCCCUAAUUUUGAUGUCAGCACUUCUUUAUUUAUUGCAAAUUCUAAAAUCUCCCUCUUUUUGAAGAAAAAUCUCCCACUUAAUCAUCAAAAAAAGUUCACAUGUAUGCUCUUUGCAUAUUUACAAUGUAUAAGAUCGAAAUUCACAUUUCUUAUUUAUUUAUUUUUGUCAUUUUAAGUUAUUCCAUAAUUAACUUCAUUUCUUUUGUUUGUUUUAGUAAAGAAACACUCAAAAGUUUAUUCGCCCAUUAUGUUGGGAUUUAAAAUCUGUUCAUACUAUCACUCGUUCAAAUUUAACUUUCUUUUUGCCAUAGACAUUUUCCUUUUAUAUGUUUAUAUGCCCCGACAGUUAACUCCAUCUGUCUAUCAAAGACAUUGGUGAAGAUGUGAAUCAAAUUGAGUUUAUUUAUAAAUUAUUAAAGAUGUUGUAAUCAUAAACAUGUAAGGAUUUGAACUGGUUUUGUCAUGCUAAAAAAGUGUUUUGAUUGUAUUUAAAUUCUAUACCUAGCUUAUGGAACGUCGGUGGUUUUACUCAGGUGCACGGAAGAGCACUUGAGGUCUUCCUCCACCAGUAACGUUGUCAUAUGACCUAAAUAAUGUAUACUGUGUGACGUAAAACCCAAUUAAACAUCAUUCUAUACUGAGAAUAAAAUUGACAUUUUAAAGAAUUCUAGUGGAACAGUUAAACAGUUAUGAUAGGCAGACAUAUUAACUCUUGUAUGAACAAUUUCAAACAUAUGAGAGGCUUAAAUACUUUAAUUAUCUGUAAUAAUAGAAAUUACAAAUGAUAGGAUUUUUGUGGAACAAGUGUGUUAAACAUUUUCAAUUUUACAGAUUUGGGUGUUGAUUUAGGGUGUUUUUUUAUUUAACUAUCAUGGCUAACAUAUUGAAAAGUGUGUGUCAUAGACUUUGGCUUCAUAUGUUAAGUAUAUCUUUCUUCUGUUUAAUAUUAAAGAAGUUAAUUU